AUGCUGGCCGCCCUCAACCCACUCAAGCGGGCCGCGCAGCUCGUCGGCGCCCGCACCCUCCUCUCCUCCGCCUCCCUCUUCCCGCCCACCGCGCGCCCACCGCCCAACUACCCGGGCCACAUCCCGCUGACCACGCCCGAGCGCGCCCUCCUCGCGGUCGGCAGCGCCGUCGGAUCGCUGCUGAAUCCGCGGCGGGGAGACCUGAUCGCAGCCCUCGGCGAGGCCACGGCGACGCCGUACUUCAUCUACCGGCUGCGCGACGCGAUGCUGGCGGACCCCACGGGGAGGAGGAUCCUCCGCGACCGCCCCAGGAUCACGUCGAAGACGAUGAGUAUGGAGAUGCUGAGGGCGCUGCCGGACGGCACUGUGGGGAGGGAGUAUGCGGCGUGGUUGGAUAAGGAGGGGGUGUCGCCGGAUACGAGGUCGCAGGUCCGCUACAUCGACGACCCCGAAUGCGCCUACAUCAUGCAGCGCUACCGCGAGUCCCACGACUUCUACCACGCCCUCACCGGCCUGCCCAUCAUCGUCGAAGGCGAGAUCGCGCUCAAAGCCUUCGAGUUCUUCAACACCCUGAUCCCCAUGACCGGCCUCAGCAUGUUCGCCUUCGUCCGCCUCAAGCGCAGCGAGCAGCAGCGCAUCCUCACCACGUAUUUCCCGUGGGCCGUCAGGAACGGGCUGCUGGCGAGGGAGGUGAUUAAUAUCUACUGGGAGGAGGAGCUGCUGACGGGGGUGGAGGCGCUGAGGGAGAGGAUUGGGCUCGAGAAGCCGCUGGAUUUGAGGGGUGUGAGGAGGGAGGAGAGGAGGAGGAGGAGGAAGGAGGAGGAGAGGAGGAAGGCGGGGGUGGUGGGGUAG